CGCAGUCGGGCCGAGUCGCCUCAGUCAGGGGCCGGGUUCCGACGACACUAUCACCCUGUCGACCGGUGCCGUUCGUGUAGGGAGAGGCGUACAGCUGUGUGUCCGCACCUACUGGGAACACCGAGGGAGCAGUGCCGACGACGGACAGACAGACAGACAGACAGACAGACAGACAGACAGACAGACAGACAGACAGACAGACAGACAGACGGACAGACAGACAGACGGUCAGACGGACGGCGUCGCGGACGACGCGAGCCCCUGGUAACGGCGGGGCGGCUCCACGUGGUGACGUAGGCCUGUGGCGGGGCCGUUCGAUACGGUCGCCGGCUCCGACGGACCAGAAGCGCGUCAGGAGCAGGGCAGGCGGUCGCAGGCACGUCAGGAGCGGGCAGACGGUCGCAGGAGCCGUCUGGGAGCACACGGUGCAUCCAGGACACAGGAGAACACAGGAGCACAAUGAGCGUGGCUCUACACUCGUCGCCAUGCGCGCGGCUGUGCGCCCGCGCCCUGUCUGCGCCCGCUCAGCAGAGGAGGACAUUGUCGUCACGGAGAGGAUUCGCAGACAGCCAGCAGCAGCAGGAGCCGCCGCGGAUCCUGAUCACAGGUGGCCUGGGACAGCUGGGUACUGGGCUGGCCAAGCUGAUGAGGGCCCGGUACGGCAGGGACAACGUCAUCCUCUCCGACAUCAUCAAGCCCGAGAGAGAGAUUGUAGAGGCAGGGCCGUACGUGUUCGCCGACAUCCUGGACUUCAAGAACCUGCAGGAGAUAGUGGUGACGUACCGUAUCGACUGGCUGGUGCACUUUUCCGCGCUGCUCAGCGCCGUCGGCGAGGACAACGUGCCGCUGGCCAUCCGAGUCAACAUCGAAGGUCUUCAUAACGUUAUGGAGCUGGCGAAGCAAUACAAGCUGAAGAUAUUUGUACCGAGCACGAUCGGAGCCUUUGGUCCGACGUCCCCUCGCAACCCCACCCCGAACCUCACCAUUCAAAGGCCGGAGACCAUUUACGGCGUCAGCAAGGUGCACGCGGAACUUUUAGGCGAAUAUUACCACAAGAAGUUCGGACUGGACUUCCGCUGUCUGCGAUUCCCGGGAGUGAUAUCCAGUGACACCGCCCCGGGAGGGGGCACCACAGACUACGCCGUCCAGAUUUUCCACGACGCCGUGACCACGGGCAAGUUCAGCUGCUACCUGAGGCCCGACUCGCGUCUGCCCAUGAUGUACAUUGACGAUACGCUACGCGCCCUCUGGGAGAUCAUGGUGGCGCCCGAGUCGCAGCUCCGCUCGCGCACCUACAACGUCACCGCGAUGAGCUUCAGUCCCGAGGAGCUGGUGCGCGCUGUGCGCGAGCACGUGCCCCAGCUGGAGGUCACCUACCGACCCGACUCGCGGCAGCAGAUCGCGGACGCCUGGCCUCAGGUGUUUGACGACUCGUGCGCACGUGAGGACUGGGGCUGGCGCCACCGGUACGACCUUCCCGCCAUGUGCAAACUGAUGAUCAACGACUUGAAGGCAGCUUACGGCACUGACGCAGGAUCGUCUGGCUCGACGGGCGAGUCAAGGACGUGAUCUCGCAACAAUGGUGGCCACAAAUGGACACUUAGACAAAAAGAAAAUAAAGCAGCGUGUAACGACCUUAAAAUGCGCCACCGGGCGAGUGGAUGAUUGUGAUGGUUUGAGUGGCGAGACCUUGCGCAGUUUUAGUCCAUAUAUUAUGACGGCGAUCGAGAGAUGAAACGCCAGCUUGCAGUUAGCAAGACUGGUCUGGAAGGUAAUGGUCGAUGGAUUGGGUGAGAUUUAUUUUCGACGAGGUCUCUGGUGGACGCCGUUGCGGAGAUACACUCCCACCGAUGGUUGGACUCUCGGGUACGUCUCUAGUCUCCGGGAUGUGCGCUGCAGAUCACUGUCUACCCGAGAAACAUGUGAUGGAACCAUCGGAACGUGUCGCUUUUGUCCGGGUGUCGUUUAGGCUAUUUUUGUCUUGCAGCUGUGCUUCUUUUGCCAAUAAAACGACAAAUCUGAAAUCA